GAGGGGCCGGGCCGGGGCCGUCAGCCCGGCCGGGAUGCAGCGAGGCCCCGCCGCGCCCGGCCCGGCCCCGCGGCCGCGCGCAGGCGCAGGCGCAGCGCUCGGGCGGGAUGGCAGCGGCGGCGGCGGGGCCGGGGCCGGGGCCGGGGCCGGGGCCGGGGCCCGCGGAGGCGGCGGCGCCCGGGGAGGAGGCGGCGGGCGCGGGGCCGCAGGGCCCGGGGGCGGCCCGCCUGGCGCGGCUGCCGCUGGCGCGGGUGAAGGCGCUGGUGAAGGCGGACCCCGACGUCACCCUGGCCAGCCAGGAGGCCGUGUUCGUGCUGGCGCGGGCCACGGAGCUGUUUGUUGAAACCAUAGCCAAAGAUGCUUAUGUGUAUGCCCAGCAAGGAAAAAGGAAAACCCUGCAAAGAAAAGACCUGGAUAAUGCCAUUGAAGCUAUUGAUGAAUUUGCUUUUUUGGAAGGUACUUUGGACUGAGCUGGACAGAGACAGAGCUCUCUGGGGAGACUGCAGAGGUGGUGUGAGACGGAAAACAGGAUGCUGAGAGUUCAAAAAGAAUUCCUAGAAUUGAGACACUGAAAUUGAGACAUGUCAGCCAUGAUAUUUUGUAUAAAGUUGAAGUCGUUGUAAGUUCUUUAUUUAAAAUGCAUAUUUUUUCAUAACUAUUUUGUAUGUCCCUUCCCAUGUGGCUGCAGUGCAGCUCUCUGCUCUGGCCAGGUUACACAGCAGUUACUCCCAGCUGCAGUCCCAGCCUCUCUCUGCAGCACCACGGAGCUGUGAACAGACAGUGGCUUGGCUCAGGUGCCCAGGCACAAGGAAUUUUUUUAAUGGAAAUGUGGAUUUUGUUAAUAUGUUUGUCUCUUAACACAAUUAAAUUGUUGUUGUUGUUGUUGUUGA